AUGACGCUCAAGCAGCAACGAGAAAGGAGGACUGCCAGCGCCCGCUUGAGUUGGAUCUUCGUCUUGGCAAUUUCCUCCGCAGCAAUCCUGGUUGCCCCCGUCGCCGCAAACAGCAAUCAGUUGUGCAAUGCCGAGAAGGAGCUGUACGCCAACUGUGUUUUCCGUCUAGACCCAGACGUCGGCAAAGCCUGUGACUCUUGUCGAAUUGCAACAUUCGACGACUUGCCCGAUCGUAAUGAAAACUGCGAAGAAACGGAGGCUAAUCUGUGCCAAGCAGUUCAUACAUGUGGUUGUCAAAAUUGCCAAGAUGAGCUUGAAAACUUUUGGCAAUGCACGACCGUCAACACCAGCAACGGGACCUGCGGGAUUGAAUGCUUCACCGAAAAGUCAACUACGCCAGAGGGCCCCUUGUGUCCCGAGCAUUUUGAUGCUUACAAGGAAUGCGUCUUGAAUGAUCUGGAUGAAGAAACUAGAGGAUCGUGCGAUGAUUGUCGAUUGCAGGCAUCCAAUAGCAUCCCUGAGGAUGUAACUGAUUGUGGCGUUGUGCAAGACAUCUUUUGCAAGGCGGUAGAAAGUUGUGACUGUGGAUCUUGUGCGGGCCCACUCGAAUCUUAUCUCGAUUGUGAUGUCUACAAAAGGUGGUUUGGAGAGUGCGAAAUUAACUGUGGGCUCGCUUCUAGUCCAGUAGCCGGCGUCGCCACCAGCACGGAAGCUGAAAGCGGAGCUUGGGAAUGCCGCCACUUCGUGACCACUGCUUCUCUGGCUUUGGUUUUGGUUGAGUUCCUGGUUCGCUAA